AUGAUCCAGCUUGAGAGAACGAGGAAGGAGGAAUCGGCGAGGCGACAGGUCUACGGAGAUGGCGAGGCCCGAGCGGUGGGUCUGUAUGCCAAUUGGUGCAUGGCAAGAAUCCUGUCGUCCGGCGAGACGAAGGGUGGGCACAGUACGGGGUUCUUCAUCUCGGAGAAUGGUUUUUUCCUCACCGCCUGCGAUGUUUCCCGAGCCCGGCAGUGGAAUGUCGACGCGUCACGUGGAUUGGAUCUGAUGACCUGGAGCUUGUCGAUCGGUACCCGAAGCUUCUCAUUGAGCAUGUUGAAGAUUUUAACGAGCACGGCGUAUCACUGUGGAAGUGGGGGUCGACGCCUUAUCUUCUGGAACCGAAUGAUGAGUUACACGAUGGCGAACAGUUUAUCCUUGCUGGUAAGGGCUGGAGUGAGACGUUUAACUGGGGCACAAUUAUCAAUCUUCGCGCCCACGUCAGCUCUUCCAGCAGCAGCGGACAACCUCUACGACUGCACGCAGAAGAACGCCAGACAUUUAAUCGGUGCUCCAGUUCUUACCCUGGAUCCAAUUCGCUUCGUCGGUAUCGUCACUGCCGUCGAUCAGCACACGUGGCUAGAAUCUGGGCAGGCCUCCUUUUGCCUCUUAACGACCAACUCGCCGGCGUGGGUGAAAAUUGAGGCAGCGAUGGAGUGCUACCGAACUACGAUACCGAAGUCAAAGCCAAACCCCCGAAAGAAAACCAUGUUGGAACCAGACGAGGUCGACGCAAGCGGAACCGAUGCCACUCAGCAACAAACCACCACGAUCUGCAUCGACUCCAGUCCAGUCGAACACCCGCCGUCGACCGAGCAUCAAGGAGAAGGCCACCAUGGUCCUUGGAAUUCGGUAUGCGGGCGUAUUCGUACUCUUCUGGCCAGCGCGUUGAAGUGUCUAAGACUCGAAUAG